GCAAAUGUUUUGGUUUUCUAUAGCCGAAACAUAGUUGUGGUGCGUCGUCUUGACAAUCACUUACGUUUUACAAAGCUAAAAUGUCACAAACACACAGCUCUGAUGACGAAACCGAUUUUAAAGCCGUCAACAGAAAUAAUUACCAGCGAAUCCAGGAAAAAGUAGAAAAGAUUAAUUAUGCGGAUGGAAUUGCGGAUGGACGCGAACAAAGUUUUCAGAGCAGCUUUGACCAAGGCUAUGCAGAUGGACUAAAGACUGGCAUAGAACUAACUAAACUAUCAGCCUUCUACGAUACAUUAACAAAAGCAAAUGUUGACGAAAAUCUGGCAAAGGAGCACCUGGCAUAUAAGGAAAUGAAGCUGGCAAAAGCUACAGACAAAUCCCACUUCAAGUAUUUGGAGCAUCAAAGUGAACCACUCAGCAUUGUAUCCGAAAAACAAAAUGCCUAUGUAGACAAUUUAUUAGAACACUGCGCCGAUGCACUGCACACAACAACAAAUUUGUUCAAAUCACAAGGAAAAUGAUUUGAUAGAUUAAGAUUAUCCUGGUUUAAUGCUUGUGUGUGAUUAGGAAUUAUAAUAUAUGUUAACU